AUCGUGUGCUAUUGACGUUAGAUUAGAGGUUAGAGUUGGUUGGAAUUGGUUAAGUCUGUUUUAAACUGAUAAUCUUGCAGAUUUUGGAAUUAUUUAUAGUUUAUUCAUUUAAAAAGAAGCAGUAUCAUACAAUGAAGAGAGUUAUUGUUUUUGUUAAUGGAACUGAUGUUAAUGGCAAGGUAUUUAUAGUGACUCAUUCGUUGGACGAAUUAUUGACGGCAGCUAGUACAAAAUUUGGAAUAACUGCCAAGAGAAUUUUUACGUCACAAGGUGGUGAAAUUGAUGAUAUUAAGCUCGUUAGAGACGACGAUAUUUUGUAUGUUUCAAAAGGAGAAAACUUUAUACAUACAAAUAAGAUUUCUCAUAAUCAACCAAGCAGGAAUUCAGAAUGGAUUACAUUAAAUGUUGGAGGAAAAUAUUUUACUACAACUGGAGAUACUUUAACAAAGAAAGAACCUACGAGUAUGUUGGCAAGAAUGUUUACAGAAACUGAAAAUAUUGAGCAUGCGAUACAGCCAAGUAGACGAGAUCAUCGCGGAGCAUAUUUGAUUGACAGAAGUCCUACUUAUUUCGAACCAUUGUUAAAUUACUUGAGGCAUGGUCAAAUGAUACUUGAUUCCAAUGUUAAUGUAGCUGGAGUUUUGGCAGAAGCUUGUUUUUAUGGUAUUGAAGGCGCUAUUCGAAUCCUUACUACAAUGUUGGAAAAAGAAGAAUUGCACAAGGAGGGUCUUGUAUCUUUAACUCGCAAAGAUGUACUUAAGGCAAUUAUGUCUACGUCAACUAACGCAGAACUUAGGUUCCAGGGAGUUGAUUUUGUAAGAGCCGAUCUUUCGAAACUAGAUCUUAGGAAUAUUAAUUUCAAGUACGCCAUUAUGCAUCACUGUAGUCUGGCAGGUGCUAAUCUGUCGGGAUGCUGUUUCGAACGCGCUGAUUUAUCCCAUGCCAAUUUGCAAGGCGCACAACUUGUAUGUGUUAAAAUGUUAUGUGCAAAUCUAGCUGCAGCCAACCUGCAUUCGUGUAAUUUUGAAGAUCCUGGUGGUCUGCCGGCAAACAUGGAAGGUGUAAAUUUGAAAGGUGCUAAUCUUGAAGGCAGUAACAUGGCAGCCGUCAACCUCCGAGUGGCCACAUUAAAGAAUGCUAUUCUUAGGAAUUGCAUUUUGAGAUCAGCUGUUUUAGCUGGAGCUGAUUUAGAGUGCUGUGAUUUAUCUGGCUCCGAUCUGCAAGAUGCAAAUUUGCGCGGCGCAAAUUUGAAGGAUGCUACCUUUGAACUAAUGUUAACACCAUUGCAUAUGUCUCAAACAAUCCGAUAACAAUGAAUGUCACGCUGCACAUAUUACUGCAGCUUAAUUUCUGUAAUAAACGUUUCUACAGUUUUAUAUAAUUUAUAAUAAUUUGAAUGUAAAUAAUUGAAUGUUGAGCUACAUACUACUAUUUUUGUGUUUUAUUAAAUACAAGAAGUAUUACAUUCUCAAAUGUUUGAACAGUGAUAUUAUUAAAAUACAAACAUAGCAUUUAUUUAAAUAUAUGUGUGUACAUGCAAGCGUGCGUGUGUGUGCGCGCUUGCGCGCGUGUAUGAGAUAAGUUUUUCGUUAUUAUUUUACUUUUAAUAUUAUAUAUUACAGAAAUUGCAGAAAUUGAUGUACAAAUCUGAUCUAAAGAAUAGUAAUAUUUUCAACUUGUGUUAAUUUUAUACAUUUAUUCGUUUAUGUUAAUUCU